AUGGGGCUCUUAUCAUUCUUGUUUCUACUGUCGUCUGUUCAGCUCUUCACAAGCGCUCGAGACAUUACCUUUCCACCAGUCUCUGGAUACUCGUCGCAACAAAUCAUUCCUCAGCAGAACCUUGGAUUAGAUAUCACUCAUGCGAAGUUCGCAGGUCUGAUGACAUAUGCCAACCUUCCUUACGUACACUGUUUGGCCCCGAAACAGCACGAUGUGGUGCCAUUUGACAUUGCAAUCCUAGGUGCACCAUUCGACACAGGUGUUACCGCACGACCUGGAGCGCGCUUCGGCCCGAGUGGAAUUCGACAGGGCUCGAGCCGGAUAUCACCAGCCAGUGCUUGGUCCAUAUAUACAGGUGAGAACGUGCUUGAGGAUUGGGCAAAAAUCGUUGACUGCGGUGAUGCGCCAUUGACAUUCUUGGACAACACUGCAGCCUUAAAGCAGCUUGACAAAGCACAUGAAAUCGUGUCCGCAAGACCUACCAAUUCGAGCGAGCACACAACACCAAAGAUUGUGACGUUGGGUGGUGAUCAUACCACAACGCUAUCUGCGCUGCGAUCGACUCACAACCAUUGGGGCCCGGUUAGCGUCAUCCACUUCGACAGCCAUCUGGACACGUGGGACCCUGAAGUACUCGGCGGAGGCAUCUCCCAUUACGCAGGUGUUAAUCACGGAACAUUCCUACAUAUCGCGCAUGAGGAAGGUUUGAUUCGAAACACUAGUAUUCACGCAGGCAUUCGAGCUCCAAUGGGACGACCAAAGGGUGAUCUGCGAAAUGAUAUCCGAUGCGGGUUCGAGAUUGUCAAAGCCAGAGAAAUCGAUCAAUUCGGUGUAGCAGGUGUCAUUGCUAGGCUGAAGUCUCGGGUGGCUGGAACAAAGGUUUACAUCAGUGUCGAUAUCGAUGUGCUUGAUCCUGCAUUCGCACCUGCUACAGGAACAGCCGAAGUCGGUGGCUGGACUACGCGAGAACUCUUGUCCAUAUUGGAUGGUCUCGAAGGACUGGAUGUUAUCGGAGCAGAUGUCGUUGAAGUGGCUCCUAUCUACGACAACCCGGGUGAAACCACCGUUCUGGCUGCUGCAGAAGUUGUGCACUCUCUUAUCGCACUAAUGGUAAAGUCCCCUUCUUAG